CAAUAGUCAACAUGGCAGCCCCCGGGGUUCGCUCAUUUCGGAGGAUUUUACAGCUUAAUCCAUGCCAAUUUGUGAAACGAUCUAAUUCUAGAUUUAGUAGGGAAGCUCUUCCAUCUUUUGUGAAAAUUGUGGAGGUUGGACCUCGAGACGGGCUACAGAAUGAGAAGGAAAUUGUUGGCACAGAAACGAAAGUGGAGCUGAUUAACAGGUUAUCGGGCACUGGACUCAAAGUGAUAGAGGCCACAAGUUUUGUAUCCCCAAAGUGGAUACCACAGAUGGCAGAUCACACCGAGGUGAUGCAGUCCAUCGAGAAGAGAGACGGAGUGAGCUAUCCUGCCCUGACACCCAACGUGCAAGGUCUGAAGUCAGCCCUCCAGUCCGGUGCAAAGGAAGUAGCCAUAUUUGGAGCGGCAUCAGAAACGUUCAGCAGGAAGAACAUCAACUGUUCGAUAUGGGAGAGUAUUGAUAGAUUCCAAUCUGUGAUGGAUGUAGCAAAGCAGGCUGGUAUUCCUGUACGUGGCUACGUUUCAUGUGUGCUGGGCUGCCCCUAUGAAGGGAAAGUACUCCCCGCUGCAGUUGCCCAGGUGGCCAAGAGGUUGUAUGACAUGGGUUGCUAUGAGAUAUCCCUGGGCGACACAAUAGGGGUGGGCACCCCUGGUGAGAUGAAGCAUUUGUUGGAGGUUGUCACCAAGGAAGUCCCCAUUGAAUGCCUGGCUGUCCACUGCCAUGAUACGUACGGGCAGGCCCUGGCAAACAUAUAUGCUGCCUUGCAGUGUGGUGUUUGUGUGGUGGACUCCUCUGUGGCUGGGCUGGGUGGCUGUCCCUAUGCCAAGGGUGCUUCGGGCAACGUGGCUACAGAAGACUUGGUCUACAUGUUGGAUGGUCUCGGCAUUCAAACCGGAGUUGACCUGAAGAAGGUGCUGGAUGUUGGCAAUUUUAUCUGCAAAGCUCUUGGCAAAUCCCCUUCCUCCAAAGUUUCCAAGGCAAUGAGUAAACUUUAAAAUAAACAUGACUCUAAUAAGUCUAACUAUUUAAAAUUAAACUGCCUGUGAGACACAAAUUCAAAAUUACUGUUCACUUCAAGACACCUCUGUAUCAAUGCUUGAAUGCUAGCUUUUAACAUAACUUGAAUCUUCCAUCAUGUAUUAUGAUGAAGAUGCAUUGUCAUUCAAUUCUCUAAGUUUUCAUCAGAUCUUGCUUUAAAGCCAGCGAUAUUCUGUUGUAAAAAUGUACAAAUGAAAAAUAAAAAAACUUUUUUGUUAAGUGGAGUUUUAGUUCUUUGCUUUAAAGAAUCAUGAAUUUUGAUAUUACAAAUUGGAAAACUUUAAGAUUAUACCAGUUUAAAAGAAUUCAUCUUUCAUGAAAAAGACUUUUGAAUGAAAGUUUUACUGAAACAUUAUUGUGAAUAAGAUUCAUAUUCGGUCAAAGUAUGGCUAGAACACUUUUGAGGAAUUUACUGACAUUUUAUCAAGAAAUAUUUUGAAGACUCGCUGAAUACACUGCUUAUAAGUUUUGAAAUGAAGUCCUUAUUAAAAUAAAGAACAUUUUCGGUUGCAAAA